CGGCGGUCGAUUGAGGGGGCUCCCUGAAGGCUGGGCAAGAGGGUGGGUGGGAAGAUGGCGUCCGCGGCGGCAGGUGGCCUGCCUGGGAAGGGGCACAAUAUCAGCCUGGCAGCCCUGCGGCGCCACGACCCCUACAUCAGUCGCAUCGUGGACGUGGCCAGCCAGGUGGCUCUGUACACUUUCGGCCAUCGGGCCAACGAGUGGGAGAAGACUGGCGUGGAAGGAACCCUAUUUGUUUAUACAAGGUCUGUCUCUCCAAAGCACGGAUUCACCAUUAUGAAUAGGCUCAGCAUGGAAAACCGAACAGAACCCAUUACUACAGACCUAGACUUCCAACUCCAGGACCCUUUCCUUCUCUACAGAAAUGGCACACUGGCCAUUUAUGGAAUUUGGUUUUAUGAUAAGGAAGAGUGCCAGAGAAUUGCAAACCUAAUGAAAAACCUCACUCAGUGCGAACAGUUGAAAGCCUGCCAUGGUGCUGGAGCCGGGGCUGGAGCUGGAUCCUUCCCAAUAACCCCGAGUUCAGGAGAGAGCCAAGAAGUAGACAUCCUACAGAUGCUUACCAAAGCCAAGGAUGAGUACACCAAGUGUAAGACCUGUUCUGAGCCAAAACAGAUGACCAGUUCUUCUGCCAUCUGUGACAACCCUAAACUUAUCAAACCUGUCCCCGUGAGACCCAGCAGCAGCCAGAGGCUACAGGAACCCAUGCCCAGCAAGACCCUGGACCCUGAGCCUCAACACUUAUCUUUGACAGCGCUAUUUGGGAAACAAGACAAAGCUCCCUGUCAGGAAACUGUGAGACCCUCCCGGACCUUUGUCCACCACCAUCACCAUCACUACCACCACCAGCAGCAGCAGCAAGAGAAGCUUCCAGUUCAUCAUGGAGUUGCAUGCUCCCUAUCCUGUGAGGAGCCCAGAAAGCUCUCACUCCCUGUGGAGAAGCAGCUAUGCCCAGCCAUUCAGAAACUCAUGGUCGGGAGCACGGGGCUAUACCCACUGCCACAGCACCCUGAACAGUGGCCCUGCGAAACUGGUGGCCCCAGUCCUGCAGGGGGAAUUCUUUCCGGUCCUGUCCAGCUGGGGUCCCCCUGGAAUGUUAAAGCUGCACACUGCACACAGAGUACUUGCAGAAGCCACAAGCUAUUAGAGCAGCUUCAAGGGGCCCCUGCGGCAGUGCAUAAGUAUAACCCCUGUGCGCCUGCCGGUCCAGCUGUGGCCACUCAGGUGGUUCCAGGCCAGAGUGUGGCCCAGUCACAGCUGGUAUAUUUCAGUGGCCCCCUUCCACCUCCUGCACCAGGACACCAAGCUCUCAGGAAGGAGCAGGGUGAACUACCAGCACAUGUGGUGUCACUCUCUAGCAGCCAGGAGAGCAGCCCCACUGUGCUCCCUACUCAGGAGCUGCUAAGGAAGCUCCAGGUAGUACACCAGGAGCAACAGGUGGCCCCCCGGCCAGCCUUGGCAGCCAGGUUCCCUGUGUCAGCCCAGGGAUCAGGGACAGAAAAGCCCUUGGAAGCCUGGGUCAGCAAGACAGCCAGCAUGGAAAAACAGGCUCCUCUUCUGCAGUCUACCUGUGCCCCACUGAGGGAGACUGAUAAUGGGCUCAUGGCCCUAGGAGGCCAAGAACUUCCUGCUGCCUCCUCCAGCCUCCUCCUGCCCCUGCAGAACUGGGAGUCCUCCACCGUGGCCAGCAGGCCCCUCACCAGGCUGCAGCUCCAGGAAGCACUGCUGAACCUCAUCCAGAAUGAUGACAACUUCUUAAGCAUAAUCUACGAAGCCUAUCUCUUCAGCGUGACACAAGCAGCUGUGAGAAAAGCCACAUAACCAGCUACGUGAAAGCAAAGACUGAGAAUUGGUUUUCCAGGUUCUUCAUGAAAACUGGCAUGACCAAACACAUUUAUGCCUUUUUAACAAAGUAUGGUGAUACAGAGUAAAAUGUUUUGUACUGUUUGAUGUCUGGGGUUUUGUUCCUUGUUUUAAAAAAAAAAAAAAAAAAAAAAAUACCACCCUCCCAUUUACUUGGUACUACAAAUUGAGUAGGUAGAUGGUUUUGGCCAGGUCAUGCAAGGUUAAAUUUUUCCUCCAUUUAUGAGGCCAUUUUAAGAAGAGUAGGGUUCUUCAUGGGAAGGAAUGUUCUCAGAGCUAUUUAUUAAUAGAAUAGCUCAGGGUAAAGAACGCAAUUUCCUAGCAUUGGCUCUGUGUGCCAUGGUGCUUGAUGACCACCAGGGGGCAGUAUUAUCCCACAAGUUACCUUCUAAGGGUUUCAUGGGUUUGAGGAAGCAAGGCGGGCUUUAACAAAGUCAGCCUUUUAUUUGUAAAGCUCUUUUUGGCAUGUUUGAUCUGAGCCUUUGGAGGAAGAAUCUUCCUGAAGACAUUUCUAGCCAGCUUUCGUCUAGAAAGUAAUCGUUCUAAGUGUCAACAGUGGCCCAGGCUUGAAGCAACACUCUGUUUCUCAAUUCAAGUUGGGACCCAAACAGCCAGCCCUGGCUUUCAGUCAGACACAGUUAGAAAAUGCUGCAUGAGACUGUUAUGCUGUAGUGGCUGUUCAGGGGCAGAAAGUCGAAGCUUCUCCGAGCUCUGUAGAGCUCGCUGCUCUGUCCUGCAUAGAGAGAUAAGAAGUCUAACCCUGGAGGGAGACAGCAGAACCGCUUUGCAUUCUCCAAACAGUGUGUGUGGGAAUCAGCCAUGCUGAGUAUUCACAAUGAAUAAAGCUUUGUUUUUACUAUCCUA